ACAUACUACUAAACUACUUACUGUGGAUCCCCGCCUUUUUUAUAGGCCUCGCAACCACCAAAUCUUUUCCUCUUACUACCUCUCAUCUAAUAAUCGACUUCAUACGCAAAAUCAACCCUUCAGUCAUAAAUCGCAGCCAUGGAAACGCUUGAAGACAUAAAGCGUCGCACGAACGACAUCCUCUCGUCGAUAUCGACUACUUUGACUUCCAAACACCAUGCCGAUGAUCACGGAGCUCACAUGAGGGGCAGUUGGGAGAAGAUCAAAGUUCCCGCCCUUCCCAGAUCUUCUCAUUCCGUCGACAUUGUCGCCGGGACGGCUUACGUCUUUGGCGGCGAGGCCGAGAAUGCCCGUCAGCCUACAGACAACGACAUGCACGCUAUUGUCCUUCCCUCGAGUAGUGCUCCGGCGGAUUACUAUGCCAUCAAAGCGAAGUCAUCAAGGAACACAGAUACCUCGGAUGAGAAGAACAAUUCCCCCGAGACCAACGAGUCUAGCGAGACUCCUGCUCCGCGUGUCGGUCACGUCACAGCCGUCAUCGGCCACCGCAUCUUCCUCUUCGGCGGACGUGGCGGCCCUGACAUGACUCCCCUCGACGAAGCCGGCCGUGUCUGGGUCUUCGACACACGUACUCACUUCUGGUCUUACCUUGACCCGGUCUCCCCCUCCGUCCCUGAACCGCGCAGCUACCAUUCGGCCGUGGCAACCGACAAGCCUCGCAACUUCAACGAGGCAUCGCCCACAAAGAAAAGCAACAGCCGGCCUACUAGUUCUUCGACCAGCCAUAACGUUGCUGGCGACAUUGGCGAAGGCCUCAUCAAGCGCACGAACACCAUCCGUGACUGGGCUACGGGCGACCGCGACGUGGAAGCCGUCGGCACUCCUCAGCGUCCCAUUGUCGGUAAGAUCGCCGAACACGCCGUCGACGCGGACGUAGACGGUUACGGCACCUUUAUCAUCCACGGCGGUUGUCUCGCCGGCGGCAAGAGGACCUCGGACGUCUGGGCCUUCGACAUCCACUCCCGCAUCUGGCAGCAACUGCCCGACGCCCCCGGUCCGGCUCGCGGGGGUGCCGCGCUGGCGCUGAGCAGGAACAGACUGUACCGCUUUGGCGGGUUCAAUGGCGAGACCCAGGAGGGCGGGCGGCUGGAUUAUCUGGAGCUCGUGCUCGAGGAGUUCGACGACCAAUUCAGCAAGGGAGACGCCAGCAUUUCGGCUAAAGAUGGAUGGAAGAGUCUGUUGCAGGGUAAGGCGGACGUGGGGUACAAGGAGCCAGAUCCGGCGCCCGUUCCCACUGUCCUUGAUAGUCAAGACCCCGAAGAGGAGCAGUGGCCGGGAGCGAGAAGCGUUGCUGGUUUCGAGGCGAUCACGGUCGGCGGUGGCCGAGAGUAUCUUGUUCUCAUCCUUGGCGAGAAGGAGGGUAGUGGCAAGGGACAUGACGCUGCAGGAAAGUUCUGGGACGAUGUCUGGGUCUACCAAGUUCCGGCACAGGGCAUGAGUCUGGCCAGUGUUGGGGAUAAGGUGAAGUCUGUCGUUGGAAGGAAGAGCCGGGAGGGUAAAUGGACGAAGGUCGACACUAUCCCACAUGACGCCGAAGACAUUGCCUCGGUUGGCGGCCCCGGCCCACGAGGCUGGAUUGCUAGUGCAGCCAUGGGCGAGCUUGAGGAGAACGGUAUCCUGAUCUGGGGUGGUUUGGAUUCCGAGAACAACAGGCUGGGAGAUGGCUGGAUUUUGCGGUUGCUCUGAUGCGGUUAUUGUUUUCCGCCAUGAGGAUAUACCACACGAAUUGAUAUGCCCCUCAGAAUAAUCCAGGAUAAAGAGUGUUUAGAGGCUUCAAGGUUACUAUAUGAGGCAGUUAGAAAGCUUGAUUUGAUGGCUUUCAAGUGAAGAAAGGAACUGGCUUACCAUUGAUGUUGUAUUCUGUGAGCAACACUUAAGGUGGACAUGAUCAAAUAGAACUGGAGGGAUUGGACGCUGUGUAGCCCAGGGCAUCA